GCCGCGUGAGCAUAUUAUGCUAAUGUGCGAGCACCUGUACGCCCAUCCCAGCCACCGCCACCACGCACCUUAUUGCUCAUCGCCGCUCGCCGCUCGCCGCUCGCCGCCUUUCUCGCAACAGCGCCUGCGCCAGCCGCGUCCCGACCCCCUCCGCCGUUGCCCGCAAGAUCCUCGCUUUCCUGCGUCCGUCUGUCGAUCCGCGCCACCGCCGCUCCUCGCCAUUCCCCUCCGCCGAGUCGAUCCAUCGAAUCCGCCCGUCCGUUAGGCAAACUAAUUAACUCCAUCUUGCAUCGACCCAUCGAUCCAUCGAUCCACGUCAGCGGCCGCCAUGGCUUCAGUCGCCAUCAAGCGCAUCGCACGAGUCGUCAACGGCUCCCCCGGCGUCGCAGCGGCGUUGUCGCGAGCCAUGGGGUCCCUCGCCCCUGCGAUCGACAGCACGGCAGCCGUCGGAUCCGCCGCGCACACCCCGGCGAGCCCCUCGCAAGGCACGGCGGCCGCGGCGGGCGAGUGGGCGCGGGGGGGGUGGCGGCGGGGCAUGGCGGCGGCGGCGAGUUCGGAGGAGCAGACCCGCGUCGUGACGCUCUUCCCCGGCGACGGCAUCGGACCCGAGAUCGCCGUCGCCGUCAAACAGGUGUUUUCGGCGGCGGGCGUGCCGGUGGAGUGGGAGGAGCAGACGAUCGGCGCGACGGUGGACCCGCGCACGCAGAGCUUCGUGACGCUGGAGAGCAUGGAGUCCGUGCGGCGCAACGGCGUGGGGCUCAAGGGGCCCAUGACCACGCCCAUCGGCAAGGGCUUCCGCUCGCUCAACCUCACGCUGCGGAAGGAGCUGGGGCUGUUCGCCAACGUGCGGCCGUGCAAGAGCAUCCCCGGGUACCGCACGCGCUACGACGACGUGGACCUCGUCACCAUCCGCGAGAACACGGAGGGCGAAUACAGCGGGCUGGAACACACGGUGGUGAAGGGCGUGGUGGAGUCGCUCAAGGUGAUCACGCGCGCGGGCAGCAUGCGUGUGGCGGAGUACGCCUUCAAGUACGCGCGGGAGCACGGCAGGGAGCGCGUCACCGCCAUCCACAAGGCCAACAUCAUGAAGAAGUCCGACGGCCUCUUCCUGCAGUGCUGCAGGGAGGUGGCGGAGCAGUACCCCGAUGUGAAGUAUGAGGAGCUGAUCAUCGACAACGCAUGCAUGAUGCUGGUGCGGGAGCCGCGGGACUUUGACGUGCUGGUGAUGCCCAACCUGUACGGCGACAUCCUGAGCGACCUGGCGGCGGGGCUCAUCGGCGGGCUGGGGCUCACCCCCAGCGGCAACAUCGGCCGCGACGGGCUGGCGCUGAUGGAGGCGGUGCACGGCACGGCGCCCGACAUUGCGGGCAAGAACCUGGCGAACCCAACAGCGCUGCUGCUGAGCGCGGUGAUGAUGCUGCGGCACAUGGGCAUGGGCGCGCACGCCGACCGCAUCGAGGGCGCCAUCAUGAGCACCAUCUCGCAGGGCCGCUUCCUCACGCGCGACCUGGGUGGCUCCGCGGGCACCUCCGACUUCACCAAGGCCGUCAUUGGCAACCUGCAGUGACUGAAGGCUGCUGGCUGUGGUGUGCACUGAUUAUAGGCUGCAAUUUGCUAUGUGAUGAUUCCUGGCACCUGGCUGUCUACAGUGAGUACAUGCUGCUUAGCAUAAUGGAGACAGUCCUCAUAGGUAUCAGAAUUGAGAAGUGAAUGCUAGAUAGAGUGAGAGUACACACAGAUAUACCUACGUGUUGUACUCUCUAAGAGGUGACCCUAUAUAGUCUAUACAAACAUGACAAAU